AUGAAAAAGAAAAAGAAGAGUGUUGAUAUGCACAUUUGGAAGGAUGCAUUAAAUGAUUUCGAAGUGUCUCAGAAAAAUAAAUAUAGUUUAACUCAAGAUACGAUACAUGGAAGAUUGAGGCCUGAACCUGAAAUUGUCGAACAUGUAUUAGAAGAAUUAGAGGAUAAAAUAAGACAUUAUUUUAAUUUAUAUAAAAACGAAAAAGAGAAAAGAACAAAUUCUGAAUCAAAUAAUUAUUAUUUACAAAAAGAAAUAUAUAAUGCAUAUGAAGCAUUGGAUAAAAAUAAUAUAUAUACUAAAAAACUUGAAGACAAAUUAGAAAAUAUAAAAGAAAACCAAAGUUCAUUAAUUGAUACUGUCCGUAGAAUAGAUUUAUUAUAUAUACAAUUAGAUACAUUAGUGCAAUCAUUUGCUGGUGUGUGUACUCAAAUAGCAUCCGAAACAGCUGAAAAUUGUGAUAAUAUAAAUAAAAAAAAAAAAACAAUGAAAAUGUUGUUAGAUUAUAUAUAUCCAUGUAGAACACUUGACCCACGUAUAAAUUCUUUAUAUGGAAUGUUAUAUUAUCAAUCAAUUGGUUUAUUAAAAGAUGGUAAAUUUAUAAGUCCUCCUAUACCUCCUAUACCCCCUUUAGUUCCAUCAGAAGAUUUAAGUGGUUGGUUACCUCCAUCCGAUUAUGUUCCAAAUCAUCAAAUUGAAUAUACCAAUAAUGGAGAUAUACUUAAAAGUAUGAGCAGUGGAGAAAAUAAAAACAGUUUUACAGAUUUAAUAAAAAUGUACAAGCAAGGGAAUAACAAUGAUAGUUAUGAAGAAUUUUUUUCAAAAUAUAUUAAAGAAGAGCAAGAUAAAUUAGAAAAUAGCGAAAAUGUUCAUAAUGUUUCAAGAAUUUUAUAUGAUGGUAAUCAUAAUAUGGAUAGUGAUAAAAAUGGUUAUUUAAUUUCUCAAGAUUUACAAUCUUUUGAAAUAAGUAUUAAUAAUUUAGAAAUAAAAUAUUUAAAUGAAAAUCCUAAAAUAAUAUGUGUAGUUAGGUAUGAUAGUGAAAGUGCAAUAUCCGCAAUACAAAAUACACAAAGAGUUACAAGACCUAAGGAUCGAAUGAAUAUAGAUUCGAAUAUUGAUUAUAUAACAUUUAAUAUAAAUAGUAGGAUAAUGUUAGAUAAAUUACCAGAAAAAAAAACAGGUGAUAUACCAAGUUUUAUGAUAGAUAUUCAUGAUGUAAGUGGUAAAGUUUUAGUAGGCACAUCACGAUGCUCAUUUAUUAGUGAAAAGACUUUAAUAAAUAAUGCACCUUGGGAUAUAUAUUCAAGAUUAAAUAAAUCAAAACCCGAGAUAAUUGGUAAAAUUUAUGUAUCAGUGUAUCCGAAACCAAAUAAUUCUAUUUUACCUGCAGAAAUCUUUAAAAAUUUGAAAAGAAAUAACAAAAAUACAAAUAUUAUGCACAAAUUAAAUCCAUCAAAAGCUACUCAAAUUUUGAGCAAUAUUCAUAACCCCAAUAUGGUAAAUAAAAGUGCUGAUACUAAAAUUGAAUAUAAAACAGUAAAGGUUUUUCAAAAAAAUGCUGUUUUAAGUAAAGCUAUAUAUGAAAAGGAUCAGGAAUCAAUACCCCAGUUGGAAAAAAUUGGGCCAAACAAUAAUAAGACGGUUACAUUAGAAAAAAUUGAAUCAAACAAUAAUAAGGCAUCUGUAUUUGGAAAGCGUGGACAAAAGGUUACCUUCAAACCUUAUGUCUCUAAAAGCGACAAGAAUGUUGAACCUGAGGAAAAGAAGCCGGCAGAAGAAGCAAAAGGAAAUGAUGACAAAUCGAAGGUAACUAGUGAGAGUAGCGACCCAAACAAUACGAAAAGUGAGAGCGGGCAAACGAAUUCGGUUAUGAAUCGUAUCAAACAACUGACUAUGAAAUUCGAAGCUUCUAAAAAUAAGGAAGAAGGGAAUCAGAACAAUACACCAUUGAAAGUGCCAUUUAGUGUGAAGGGAAAAGAAAACAAUAAUGAAAAGGUAUUGGAAAAAAACAAAUCUGUUGAAAAAACCAAAACUGUUGAAAAAACCAAAUCUGUUGAAAAAACCCAAACUGCUGAAAAAAACAAAUCUGUUGAAAAAACCAAAACUGUUGAAAAAAACAAAACCGUUGAAAAAAAACAAUUCCCAGUUAUGAAAGAUGGUGUAAUGAAGGUUAAAUUGGUGUCCUUAGGGAAGGCACAUGUUCCAAAAAAUGAUAAAACGAAAGAAGCCAUGAAAUCGAAUAAUAAUAAAGAGGAUAAAAAAAUAGAUGAUAAUAAAGAGGAUAAAAAAACGGAUGAUAAUAAAGAGGAUAAAAAAACGGAUGAUAAUAAAGAGGAUAAAAAAACGGAUGAUAAUAAAGAGGAUAAAAAAAUGGAUGAAGAAAAAACAUCGAUUGAUGUAAAAAAAAUGGGUUCUGUAAAUAAACUAAAACCAUCACUUAAGAUGAAAAUCGGGCCAUAUAAGGAUAACUUAAAAAAAAUUCUUACAAGUAAACAAAUUAAUAAGGAGGGGAUAGAAAAAGUAAGUAAAAUUGGGCAAAAUGAAAUAAAUGAGAAAAAGGAGGAAAAGAAGGAAGUCAAAUCAGUGGAAAAGGAACCAAUUAAAGAAAAAAUGUUAUCUAUGUUUAAGGCAAAAAAAAGCAAAGCUGAAAUUCCACCAAAGGAAAUACCAUUAUCUGUAAAACUUGGUGAUGCUACUCCGAUUUUAAAAAAAACGAUUGUGAAACCACCACCACCACCACCUUUAAAUGAAUCAAAGUCUAGUAAUGAAGAUCCUGAUCUCAAAACCAUAUUAGAAAAAGCAAAAAAAAAAACAGUGUUUAUUGACAAAAAUAAAAUACAAGUUAAAUUACCAAAGAAGUUUGAAAUGAAAAAAGCGAUUAAAAAGUUUGUUCCAAAACUAGCGAAUAUUGAUUAA